GCCGUAAGUGGAUUUGUGACAUUGAACUGUGAAACGUAUUGUCUCUUUUGACAGGGGCCAGCCAAAAAAAAAAAUGUUAAAGACGCUAGAUUGUGCGAUACAGAUCAAAUCUCAAUACCUGUUCAAACGAAUCUUAACCACAGUAUAUGGAUAGAUACCAUAUACAUAUCAGGCUAGAUGGUUGAUUCAGGGGACACCUUAACGGAGAACAAUAACAAUGGUCAAAGAAACGAUAAUAAGGAAUUGAAAAUAUGGCUUGCUAAUUCAAAUUGUCAACUGUAUUAUUCAAAGUUUGUGGAUAAUGGGAUCACAGUAGAUCUACUACCAGAAUUGGAUUCUGAAUCUUUGAAAGAAUUAGGAAUCAUAAAGCUUGGUGAUAGACUUAAGUUAGAAAUAGCUAUCUCCAAUUUAAAGUCAGAAAAGUUAAUUAAUAGUAUAUCAGUGGAAGAUUUAUAUAAGAUAGCCAGUUUACAUUUGAAUCAAAGACAAGACGUGUAUACUACUAAAGCUGUACAUGGUGUGAUUGAAAAUCCAUUCGAUAUGAGUCCAUCAGGUGAUUCAACUUUAUUAGCCAGCUCAAGUGGUUCGAGUAUACUUCCUUCAGGUCCACAACUGCAACAACUGUUAUUGCAACAACCAUCAAAUUCAAAAGACUCCAGUAAAAAUAUCACUUUCAUUUUACAAGAUGGUACUACUAAGAAAGUCAAUAUAACAGGAUGUUUCAAUGCUCAAUCGAUUAAAAGAAAGAUGUUAAAGAAAAUUGGUAUCAAACUGCAAGAAACUGAAUAUGACACAUAUGUUCAUUCUUCGACUAAUUAUAAUAACAAUCAAACAAACACAGCAAAUGCUACUGGGAAUCAAUACGAACUUAAUCUUUUAUUUGACGUGGAAUUGGUAACGAUAUGUUAUUCACCUGAUAGAAUAGAGAAGAAUAGAAUUUUAUUAUGUCCCAGAAAUGAAUAUCCUACUGAAUUAGCUAUAGAGGCAAGUAAAAAGAUUAUCAUCAAAGGAGAAAAAUAUGCUCAUUUAAGAUCAUUAACUUCAAAUAAUUUAAGUCAAUAUCAUAUUCCAGAUAAUAGAAGAAAACAACCUACCUUAAGAAGCUUUUUCGGUCAAAGACCACCAAGUGAAUUGAUCUCAUCGAAUUUGGCGGAAUAUUUCCCUGAUACUGAACAAAAAGAACUUGAACAAACCAUCCGAAAUUCGGUUAGAUAUAGUGUACGUUUAUCUCGUCGAUUCAAUUUACCACCUGGUAUGAUAUCUACUGGGAGUAGUAAUGUGUCUGUCAAUAGAAGGGGUUCGAUAAUGAGUAAUUAUCAAGCAGCUCCAGGACCACCAUAUAGAUCAUCAUCCAUAUCAUCAGGAGAUCAACUUGGUGGUGGUAGAAGAGCCAAUCUGUAUAUUGGAAGAACUGUGGGAGAUGUGAUGGUUAAUAAUAUUCGUGAGAUUGAUGAGGUAGUGAAUCCUAAUGAUAAUUCAUCAAUUUUUAGUAAACCUCCAUCAGUAAAUUCAGGUGGUGCCGUUCCUAAUGCUAGUCCUAGCUCUAACAAUUACAAUAAUGAUGCAAAAUCAAUAAUUUCAACCACAUCAUCCGUAUUUAAAAAUGCAAAGAUCUCUGUUGCGACCAGUUUUGCUGAUAAUGGUAACAAUAACAAUAAUAGAUAUUCGAGGAUUGAAUUAUUAAGUGUUGAUUCUGAUUCCGAUGACACUGAUGAUGUGAUUGGUGAAUAUGGUGAUGAUGAUGAUGUAUUAAGUCAUGGUUUAGGAUCUCUUUCAGGUGAUGUUCCAAAACAUUGGUUGAAAGGGGCCAGAAUCGGAGCAGGGAGUUUUGGUACCGUUUAUUUAGGUAUGAAUUCAUUCACGGGUGAAGUCAUGGCGGUUAAACAAGUUCCAUUACCAAAACUGAAUAAUGGAGAUUCAGAAGAACAACAGCGAUUAAUUCAAGAACAACAACGAGAAAUGUCAUUAUUAAAAGAAUUAAAUCAUGAAAAUAUUGUCAGAUAUUUCGGAGCAUCUACCGAUGAAGAAAAUUUAAAUAUAUUUUUAGAAUAUGUCCCUGGUGGUUCAGUUCAAUCAAUGUUACAAUCAUACGGACCAUUUGAAGAACCGUUGAUUCGGAAUUUCAUACGACAAAUAUUGAUUGGAUUAAGUUAUUUACAUGGAGAAGAUAUCAUUCAUCGUGAUAUCAAAGGAGCCAAUAUCUUAAUUGAUAUUAAGGGGACCGUUAAAAUUGGUGAUUUUGGAAUUUCUAAAAAAGUAGCUAAUAUAGAAGAUGAACUAGAAGUUCAAAAGAAAACGGGCAAACGGGCCUCACUUCAAGGUUCAGUAUAUUGGAUGGCACCAGAAGUAGUGAAACAAACAGCUUAUACUAAGAAAGCAGAUAUUUGGUCCGUUGGAUGUUUGAUUAUUGAAAUGUUUACGGGGAAACAUCCAUUUCCGGAAUUUUCUCAAAUGCAAGCUAUUUUUAAAAUCGGUACUCAUAUAACUCCUUUAAUUCCUGAAUAUUGUACUCAAGAAGCUAAAGAUUUUCUUGGUCAAACGUUUGAAUUAGAUUAUAAAAAGAGACCUGAUGCAGUUGAUUUAUUAGGUGAUUCAUUUUUGAAUCCUCUUAUAAUGUCAAAACAAUAAGAUGAAUAUUAAUAAAUAAUGCGAUUCGUUUAUUAACUAU